AUGCCGAAACAUUCAAGAAUACGGCCAGCAUAUGAUCUGGAUUCUUCGGGUAGCGAAGCGAACUACCAGCCAAGAAAUCUUCCAAACAGUCUGAGGAGCCUGAAAACACCACAAGAAGAUGAUGACUUAGCUUCCGUGCCAUUUGGAACUUUGCGUGAUGCUCAAUCUAAAUUACAGAAUGAAAGGACCAGUCGAGACAGUGAUAGUGACUCCGAAGGUUUUUUCGAAGAGUCUGAUUCAGAUUCGGGCCCAGAAGCGUCCAAAACCAGUACUCAUAAAAAGAGGAGUAAACAUGCACCGGCUGAAGCAUCAAGCAAAAAGCCGGUCUCUAGGAUUAGAGACAUCCAAGGUCUACCUUCGAGAAAGUCUCAGACAUUACAUACAGACAUCCGGUUCGAUGCGGCUUAUGGUAAGGCUGAUUUGACGCAAACUAGAAAGAAUUAUGCCUUUUUGGAUGAGUAUCGUAAACAGGAAAUUUCAAAUAUGGAACAGAUUUUAAAGGAUAAGAAGUCAAGGUUGGGUGAAGAUGAAAAAGAGGAAAUCAGGUUGAAGCUUCAAUCGUUGAAAUCGAGAAUGGAUACUUUAAAGAAUCGUGACUUGGAAGACCAGCUUUUGAAAGAAUACAAAAAGAAACAAUAUCAGAAUGUGAAGGAGGGCAAAUCAAGCCAACCAUACUUUUUGAAACGUGGUGAUAAGAGAAAGAUUUUACAAAAGGCCAAAUAUGAUAGCAUGAAACCUAAGCAGAGAGAAAAGGCCAUGGAAAGAAAGAGAAAGAGAAGAUUAGGAAAAGAGUUUAGACAGUUGGAGUUUAGACCUCGUAACGAGUAG